AUGAUCCUCAAGGCCAUUCGAGUCUACAUCGGACAGACUGACGACUACAGAAUACACCACAUCAUUGAGAAAGUGGACAAGAAAGGUCCAGCGUGGGAGGCAGGUCUGAGGAAAGGUUGCCUGGUGACGCACAUCAACGGUCAGUCGGUCAUCAGACUCCACCACAUACAAGUCAUGAUUGACAAACACAAUUCUUUCUUGUACAUCAACACCAUUCCUCUUGAGGACACCAGCAUUCGCAAGGACAAGAAGAAGAGGCUACCGACACUGGGUCAUCGAGUGGGGAAGCUCCUCCACUGUUCGAGCUGGAGCGGUCGAAUAAAGAAGAAGUCGUUCAUCAGUCGUAUGCGAGGGAGGGACAGGAAAGGAGUGGACAGCUCUGGCCACUCCUCCAGCAGCACACCCUCACCAAAACACUCCUCGUCUCCAUUCCAGGACCGAGUCAUUCAAGCAGAAGCUUGUGUCCAAGAUGACUCCGUGAAGACGACCCACCCCGGUGUCCCCUCUGCCUCGCAGCCCUCGCGCAGAUCAUCACCCCAAACUCCUCCCUUCCCGGCUCCAUGCAGAACCUGAGCUCCGCCUCCUUCACCACGCCCCCCAACUCUCCCCCCAUCAACACCAAGAGACUGGAGUGUCACAGUGUCACAGAGUCCCAGCAGGAAGUCCCAGAGUGCCUGCGAGCUCCCCACACCAAAGCACCCUUCCCCGCACACCUCACCCCUGCUGCAGAGAGCCAUGUCUCCCUCGUCGGAGGGCCCCGGGCUCCCGGCCAGACGCUCCACCACUCUCCCUGGACAGCACAAACACAAGACUAUGAGCAGCUCUGAGCUCCACCUCCCACUAUAGGCCACCCCAAGAAAGAAGAGGUCAAACUCU